AUGUUUUAUUUUGUAAAAAAGGUAGCAUUACUCUACGGUUUGUUGUGGGUGACCUAUCAAACGGUUGCUCAAGAGAAUCGGUUAACGUGUGGUAGACGCAAGGUGAAAUCGGCAUACCUUAUACAUAAUGGCAUUGAUGCUAAAGUCGGUCACUGGCCGUGGCAUGCAGCGAUCUUUCAUCGAAAUGGCGAGCAGAAUGAGUACGCUUGCGGUGGAGCGGUUAUUGACGAGAACACUAUUCUCACUGCGGCUCACUGCAUCUACACAUCGAGCGGAAUAUUACCAACAAACUUGAUAUCUGUUCAUCUUGGAAAGUCGAACCUCAAGGAAGAGAACGAAUAUACACAAAUUCACGGUGUGCAUGAACUUAUUGUACAUCCAAAGUACAGCUCCUCGAGUAUUAUCAACGACAUUGGUUUGAUCAAGCUGAGUUCGAACAUAACGAUGAACAAGUAUGUGCAACCCGUCUGCCUAUGGACAAUGGACAGCAAUCAGAAGUUGAUCGAGGGCACAAACGGAAUCAUCGUGGGAUUUGGUAAAAACGAGUAUGAUCUUGUAUCGGAGCAGCUCAAACAGGUUUUAAUUGGUGUGAUCGAUCCGUUGACGUGCAUCGCAAGUGAUCGCGUAGUGUUCGGUACGCAUCUUACAUCCGAAAUCUACUGUGGAAAAGGACAGAUGGGAGUGGGUGCAUGCAAUGGAGAUAGCGGUGGCGGUAUGUUCUUUGAAGUCGGUGGCAAAUGGUUUGUGAGAGGCUUGGUAUCGUUUAGUCCGCUGCGUGGAAAUAUCGGACUGUGUGAUCCACUCAAGUACACCGCCUAUACCGAUGUGGCCCAGUACCUAGAAUGGAUUAAGCAGUAUAUUGAUCAGCGAGUGUUAUCCUUCGAGAACGACGUACUGGAUAUAGAUUAUGAGGAAAAGCUACGACUGUUCAACUUUGGUACUUGCGGUGUGAAAUCUUCAACUAUGCUAAAUGAUGGAUCGAGCUGGACGCUUCCCUGGCUUGGAUUUGUUAUCGUGUCUGGAGCUGCUGACAAUCUCCGCAGUGCAAGAUGUGUGGUGACAUUAAUAAGCGAUUGGUACGCGAUUGGUCCUGCACAUUGUUUUGCUAACGACGGUAUCGAACGAUCAAUUCUACUCGGAGGACCAUCGGAAUCGACAAAAUCAGAAUGUUUUGAUCGUCAUGGAAGCACACAAUGUACUCAUCCGACCCAAACGGUGCAGAUUGAAAGAAUUAUCACCCAUCCGAAGUACGAUAGCAAUAACUUUGGGAAUAAUAUAGUGCUGAUUGAGUUGCUGGAAGCUGCCAAUACAACACAGCCGAACGUGAAGCCCAUCUGUGUAUCAGCUAUUCCAGAGCUACGAACAAAUGAGAUGACCAACUUAUCCGUGGCAACCUACUCAAGGCGAACGACCACAUAUGGAGAUCAAGCUGUACACCAAACCAGCACAGAAGAAUGUAUGGAUCGGUACGCUGACUUAGGGUUGACCAUCAGUUGGAAAAACAUGAGAUUCUGUGCACGAACGGCAACCAAUGAUAACCCGGACUGUGUUUCCCUGAAGAGUGGUGCUCCAUUACAUCAGUUGCGUUCGCUUGGGGGAUCGGAACGAUAUUUCUUACGUGGGUUUGAAAUAUUAGGCCUCGCUUGUACAUCAGGAACACCACCAGCAUACAACAACAUUAAUGAAUAUCUGGACUGGAUAUUAUAUAACAUGAGAAACGAAAUACUAGCUACAGUGGAUUCCGUGAAUAAUUCAAAACCUAGCAUAGCUAAACAAACUCUCGAAAUGGAAUGGAGCAUGUUGCAGCAGCAGCCGGGAAAUGAAAAGAUGCAUCUGUUCGAUAUGAACAGCUGUGGUUUAGCUCGCACGCGCAACCAGAACUUGGGACAGGUAACUGUCAUGCCGUGGAUAGGAUUCUUAGAAACGGUAGAAAUUGUCACCGAUGCGUACCCUACGGAAAGAAGUAUAGCAGUGCUCAUAAGCGAAUGGUAUGCAUUGACCCCGAAACGUAGUGUACAAAACGGUGCUGUUUGGUAAGUGCUUUAACAUAGCGUGAAAAUGUCCAAUGUUUGAUGCGUCUGUUUUCCGUUUCAGGCGAUCA